GAACACGCGAGGUGGAGAGAAAGCAAGACUUCCGGUCUUUUCAGCCAAUGAGCGGAUUCCACAUGCGGACACUGAACGCCGCAUUCGACGAAGAGUCGCGAUUGGUGCCGAUGUGAACGUUAGUGAUUCCGCAACAAGGAGCCGAGCUUCAACUCUAACCACAUGUUUAAAUCACCUGUUUAGAUAGAAUAUUUUGUUUGUGUCGUUAGUCCAAAGGGAAAAACGAAAGAAGGAACUGAAACGGUGGUAUGGAUGUGAGGAUUUUUUUGACGCUGUGACCGGGAAGCUAGCGGAGCUCAGCCGGCGAAUUCAAAGAGGGUGCAAAGGAACAGUUAGCUUUAGCCUCCUAGCUCCCAGUUAGCAAAGAAGCCGCUAAUUCGUCCACUCUACGCCUUUCCACCUGCGUGCCGCGCGGCUUCGUGGAACAACCACUUGUUCGCUCGUACUGUAGCCGGGCCCUCGCUCCGGUGUUCCCUCGUGGCGUGGACCGUGACCGGUUGAAAGUCGGACCUUCCGAGACGAGCGGGUGUCCUCAAGUGUCCGCUGACCAUGGACAACGCGCACACAAAGACGGUGGAAGAAGUUCUCAGCUUUUUCAACGUGAAUGAAAGCACCGGCCUGAGUUUAGAGGAAGUUAGGAAACAACGGGACCGAUAUGGGCCGAACGAAUUGCCGGCUGAAGAGGGUAAAUCUCUUUGGGAACUUGUUGUUGAGCAGUUUGAAGAUUUGCUCGUGAGGAUCCUUUUAUUAGCUGCCUGCAUAUCUUUUGUACUGGCCUGGUUUGAGGAGGGAGAAGAAACCGUCACCGCCUUUGUGGAGCCUUUUGUUAUCCUCCUUAUUCUCAUCGCAAAUGCCAUAGUAGGAGUCUGGCAGGAGCGAAAUGCAGAAAAUGCAAUUGAAGCCCUUAAGGAGUACGAGCCUGAGAUGGGAAAGGUGUAUCGCCAGGACAGGAAGAGCGUCCAGAGAAUCAAGGCCAGAGACAUCGUACCCGGGGACAUAGUGGAAGUAGCUGUUGGUGACAAAGUGCCUGCAGACAUCCGACUGGUUUCUAUCAAGUCAACCACUCUGAGGGUCGACCAGUCGAUUCUAACAGGAGAGUCUGUGUCUGUGAUCAAACACACAGAUCCGGUGCCAGACCCACGAGCUGUCAACCAGGACAAGAAGAACAUGCUCUUCUCCGGUACAAACAUUGCAGCCGGCAAAGCGGUUGGUGUCGUCGUGGCCACAGCCGGGAACACAGAAAUAGGCAAAAUUCGGGAUGAGAUGGCGUCGACGGAGCAGGAGCGAACCCCCCUGCAGCAGAAACUGGACGAGUUCGGACAGCAGCUGUCCAAGGUCAUCUCACUGAUCUGCAUCGCCGUGUGGAUCAUCAACAUCGGACACUUCAACGACCCCGUCCACGGCGGCUCCUGGAUCCGAGGCGCCGUCUAUUACUUUAAGAUCGCCGUGGCUCUGGCUGUUGCUGCUAUUCCUGAAGGUCUCCCCGCUGUCAUCACCACCUGCUUGGCUUUAGGGACGCGCCGCAUGGCCAAGAAGAACGCCAUCGUCCGCAGCUUACCCUCUGUGGAGACCCUGGGCUGCACAUCCGUCAUCUGCUCUGACAAGACGGGGACGCUAACAACCAAUCAGAUGUCUGUGUGCAGGAUGUUCAUCAUCGAUCAGGCUGGAAAUGAUCACUGUGUCUUAAAGGAAUUCACCGUCACUGGCUCCACAUACGCACCUGACGGAGCAGUGUUUCAUAAUGAAAAGCCAGUCAAGUGCUCCCAGUAUGACGGUCUGGUGGAGUUGGCGACCAUCUGUGCCCUCUGUAAUGACUCAUCCCUGGAUUACAACGAGGCCAAAGGCGUCUAUGAGAAAGUAGGUGAAGCCACAGAGACGGCGCUCACCUGUCUGGUGGAGAAGAUGAACGUGUUCGAUACGGACCUCAAAGGCUUAUCGAAGGUCGAGCGCGCCAACGCCUGUAACUCUGUAAUCAAGCAACUGAUGAAGAAGGAAUUUACGUUGGAAUUCUCUAGAGACAGGAAGUCCAUGUCUGUUUACUGCACUCCUAAUAAAGCCCGCUCUUCUGUAGGGAAGAUGUUUGUUAAGGGCGCCCCGGAGGGAGUGAUCGACAGGUGCACGCACAUCCGCGUGGGCAGCACCAAGAUGCCGAUGACUCCUGCCAUCAAAGACAAAAUCAUGUCUGUGAUCCGAGAGUACGGCACAGGCAGAGACACGCUGCGCUGUCUGGCUCUGGCCACUCGAGACGAGCCGCUGAAGAAGGAGGACCUGGUGUUGGAAGACUCCUCCCGCUUUAUACAGUAUGAGACUGAUCUGACGUUUGUGGGCUGUGUUGGGAUGCUGGAUCCUCCCAGGGCGGAGGUGGCGGCCUCCGUCAGGCUCUGCCGCCUCGCAGGCAUUAGAGUGAUUAUGAUCACUGGAGACAACAAGGGAACGGCAGUGGCCAUCUGCAGACGCAUCGGUAUCUUCGGGGAAGAGGACGACGUUUCCAGCAUGGCGUUUACUGGCAGAGAGUUUGACGAUCUGUCCCCCGCCGCUCAAAGGGAGGCCGUGGUCAAGGCUCGCUGCUUUGCUCGCGUCGAGCCAGCUCAUAAAUCCAAGAUCGUUGAAUUUCUGCAGUCGUACGAUGAGAUCACAGCUAUGACGGGGGAUGGGGUAAACGAUGCCCCCGCCUUGAAGAAGUCAGAGAUCGGCAUCGCCAUGGGCUCAGGAACGGCUGUGGCUAAAACCGCCUCAGAGAUGGUGCUGGCCGAUGAUAACUUUGCCACCAUUGUGGCUGCAGUGGAGGAGGGCCGGGCCAUUUACAACAACAUGAAGCAGUUCAUCCGAUACCUCAUCUCUUCAAAUGUGGGCGAAGUGGUCUGCAUCUUCCUGACGGCAGCUCUGGGUUUUCCUGAGGCUCUCAUUCCAGUUCAGCUGCUUUGGGUCAACCUGGUGACUGACGGUUUACCCGCCACCGCUUUAGGCUUCAACCCACCAGACUUGGAUAUUAUGAGCAAACCUCCACGCAAUGCUCGGGAGCCUCUCAUUUCUGGGUGGCUGUUCUUCAGAUACCUCGCCAUCGGGUGUUACGUCGGGGCUGCCACUGUUGGGGCUGCUGCUUGGUGGUUUGUAGCUGCUGAGGAUGGACCAAGGAUCACUUUUUACCAGCUGAGCCAUUUUUUGCAAUGCGGUCCAGAGAAUCCGGAUUACCAGAAUGUAGACUGUAAAGUGUUUGAGUCCCCUUACCCAAUGACCAUGGCUCUAUCCGUGUUGGUCACCAUUGAGAUGUGCAACGCCCUCAACAGUGUGUCAGAGAACCAGUCCCUGCUGAGGAUGCCUCCCUGGGAAAACGUGUGGCUGCUGGGAGCCAUCUGCCUGUCCAUGUCUCUUCACUUCCUCAUCCUCUAUGUGGAGCCUCUUCCAAUCAUUUUCCAGAUCACCCCUCUGAAUCUCACUCAGUGGCUCAUGGUGCUGAAGAUCUCACUGCCUGUCAUCCUACUGGACGAACUGCUCAAGUUUGCCGCCAGGAACUACUUGGAGCCUGGUAAAGAGCUGGAGAAGCCGGCCAGCUCCAAAGGCUGCUCCCUGCCUGCAUGUAUGGAGGGCAUCUCCUGGCCCUUCGUGGCCAUUACUCUCCCCCUGGUCCUCUGGAUCUACAGCUGCGACACUAACAUGGCCGACAUGUUCAUGUCCUGACUGAUUUGAGCACAGCCUCGACUUUUCCAUUCCCCCACCCCACUGCCAUCACUUCCCCUCCUCCUCUCCCUCGUUCUCUCUGCCUUCCUCAGUGUGCAUCAUCAGUGUGUGUGUGAAAGUGUGCGAGCGUGGAUGAGAAGGACCAACAAAAACACGACAAAUUAUGUAAAGACAAAUACUUUGACGUCACCUGAGUUUGAGUAGAACUUGUGAAAGGGUGAGGCUGUAAAUCUGAGCGUCACUCCCAUGGCUGUGGACUAAUUGGAGAGAAAAUAGUGUUGCCAGUUAUUUUUUGUUUGUUUUUUAAUUUCAAUGAUGCCUUUAAGGUAUGUUUUAAAGAUGGGAUCUUCAUGUCCUUUGUCACUACAAUUAGAGAAAAUUUCCUUCCCUGAUGUUAAGAAAGAAAUUGAAGAAACGUGAUUUGAUCUGUACAGAGAUUGAACACUAUUUUAUGCAACUUUUUUUUUUCUUUUUAAAGCUGAAAUUGCUUUGACCGGCGUGGCUUAGACGUACCGCCUUGAUUUCUUUUCUAAUGUUUACCAUUGUGUCUUCAGUGUAAAGUUUUUAAGGACGAGCUCCACGCAGCAGACGAGGACAAAGACAGGUUUGGGAUGCUUGGCUUUAAGCAAAAGAGAGAAAAGUGAAAAAAAGAGCAUCAGUAGCUGCAUGUCUGCAUGAACAGUUUAUUUCUAAAUCCCCCCUUAACAAUAGAGUGAAAAUCAACUUUUUUUUUUUACAUUUUCGAUCAGUUUUUCUGCAGCUACCUCAACACGAAUUCUAUUUUUGUUUUUUUGCUCGUCUUGAGAUUUCUCCCCUCGGUGCUCAGUGAUAACAUCUGAGGUGUGCCCCCAUAUUUGCCUGUGCAGAAAACAAAGAACAAAAAUAAUCACACUACCCUCUCUAACGCCUGAGGUUUGUUUAUGACAUUAAGUUUGAGUGUUGCUGUGGAGGGGAAUGCUAUUCACCAUCUCUGUGGCGUUUGAUUCAAAGGACAAAAAUCUGAAAAAUCUUAACAUAUAUAAAUAAUACUAAUCCAUGAAGUGCUCCAAAUGGACAUUGAAUGCAAAUAAAAAAAAUGCUUUUUUUUUUUUUUUACUCAAAGUAAAAUACAGUGAUAAACCCUUUGAAUCAAGUGUUUUCUGUCUUUUAUUUAAUCCAGUUAAGACCCAUUGUCGUAACUGUUCAUUUAAGUGUAUUUGUCUGUACAUAUAAUACUUGAAUACAAAUAUUUCAGACAUAUGAAUGCUCAUGUUUUCUUUACGCAACGCGCCACAAGGAUCCUAGUCUGCUGUUGGAUUCCUGCAGACCUUCAGAUUGCUGGAUCGAACCUCUAAACUCGACAGUACUAAUCCUAAACGCAUCGUUUUGUGUGGAUAUUUUGACAAAACGUCUCUGAAGCAUGUUUUUUUUAUUUUUUAUUUUUUUAUUUGCCUGUUUUGCUCCUAAAAGCGUGUUUUUCUUGUCCCUUCAAUGCCUUCCAUUGGCUCCAAUGUCAUUAGAGUUGGCUUUCAUGAUUCUUUUUUUAAUCAGAGCGCUCUCUUCCAUCCAGCAUGAACUUCCUCCACUUCCUUGCUGACCAGCAGUACGUAUCAAUACACAAGAACAGACGAACAUGCAGGGGUGUAAUAAAAACGUCACAACACACGUUUGACUGCACACGUAUCUGUGUGCAAACCAUUUUUUGUCUGCAGCAAAGUUCAUCCCUUUCCCCCUCAAAUCAGUCCCCUCCUGCAUGAAAGAACUGACUCCAUCAUAGUUUAUCACAUCUUUAAAACUUGGUGGAAUAAUCUUAAGUGUACAAAACAUUCAUGCAUGCCUCUCAGCUGUAUGUAGGCUUUACAAUUUCUAUUUAUAGAACCAAUGUAUAGUACUCUAAUAAGGUUUUAAGAUGGCUAUAUUCAAUAAAUCAUAUCACUUUUUAUUGUAAUGAUUUUGCACAAAUGUUGGAGAAACGACUCGAGCUGAUCUCGAAACACUAUCGUUGGUAAAUUUGCAAUACAAAAGGUUGUUUUCUUACCGCCUCGGCAUUCCAGUUCUUUUUACGUUACUUUGAAACUGCUGUGAAACUGUGAUUUUUCUUGUGAGGGGACCUGUAACGUCUUCUCUGUGACAUUUUAUUUUUCUUCAAACAAUAUCGCCCAUCUGUAAAGAAGCUGUCCAUAUUUAUGAAAAGACUGAUAAUGGUUCAACAAGCAUUACUGAGGUUGUGGUUUCAGGUAAAUAAAAUAUUAUAUUAUU